AGGAAAGCAUUUCGAUAGCGGCCUGACAUGCCCGUGCCCGUGUCUUAUGGAUGGAUGGGGCGGCGGCCACGGCCAGGUCAGGUCGCACUAUUGUCUAUGUGCAGGACUCUCUCCGAGCUGAAUGCCCAGCUGGGCCAGCAUCCGUCCAUGCUGCCCAAUGAUUUCGAUAUCGAUGUGGCUGGCAAUCUUGUCCUGAGCUUAAACGGCGGCGAGGUGAUGUACGACUUUGAAGACCAACAGUCCAUAUCGGCAACACGAUCCCCAACCUCCCACUCGGCGCCCGGAAGUCCGAACAAGUCCGCGGGCGUGGAGCAACGUCCCCAAAGCCAGAACUCCAAGACGUGAGACGUGAACCUGCAUGAGAUGG